GAUCGCGAGGUCCAUCCCCAGACCGUACGAUCUGUCAAUUCACGCGGCCACUCACCAACGCUGGGUGAAGGAGGUUUGCCCGGCUAAAACAAACCUCUCUUAAUCAAUCUCCCGCAUUCCUCACACCAUCACCUCCCUCCCCACGACAUCACGCGACAAUCGUUCCAUCGGCCACAAUGGAGUUCCGAGCUCUCGCCCGUCCAGCUGCCCGGCUGCUGAACACCACUCGUGCGACGACCCUCCCCCUCAUUCCCGUCCGAGGACACAAGACGACAGCACGGACGAAGCGCUCCCUCAAAAUCGCCGCCCACGACUCCUUCCUCCCCAAUCGCCAGACCGCCUUCCCCGCCGAGGACUCCAUCAUCUACAACCCUCCCUCCUCCGAGGCUUCGCCUGAACAUACACCCUUCCUUUUCCUCCCCAGCAAUGACGCUCGCCGCGCCGCCUUCACCCGCCUCCGCCACAUCGCAGACUCCCCCGCCGCUCCCAAGAAGGUGUCUGAACUUCCCAAGGAGGUUCAAUACAAGCGACGAACCCCCUCCUACCACCUCGGCGCUGAGGAAAUCAAGGAGAUGAAGCGCCUCCGCAAUGAAGAUCCCUUUAAGUGGACCUCAUAUGCUCUGGCCGAAAAAUUCCAAUGCUCAUCCGUCUUCGUACGAAUGGCUGCUCCUGCGCCCGCGGAGUACCUGAAGGCCCUCAAGGACAAGUCCGAGCGAAGAGAGGGCAGGUGGGGUCACAUCCGAACCAAGGCCAGGGAAGACCGCAAGAGGAGGACAGAUAUGCUGUACCGGGGAGAGCUGUAACGGAGAACACGGAAACACCAAAAGGUGUACCAUUACGACCGAGUCACAGACCUGUAUACAAACGAGACCAUCUGACGCAACAUGUAGGAUUAUUCGGAGUUGGAGCGAGAGACAAGGAUGGUCAUCUGUCCGGGGGCUUAAAAUGGUCGGCUGGCUCAAGUCAUUGUAUAACUGCCUAUACCAAGAACUCCUAAAUACAUCAAAACAGCC